UAUUAUCUGUACUUUUGUGAAACUUGAAAUUACAGAUGUCCAUGCCCAUGUUAACCUUGUUUUUAUAUAUAAAUAAAAAAUUAGAAUGUUGAAGAAGACGCUUCUAACCGCUUCACGAAUCAGAAAAUCCACAAAUCAUUGCAUUCCAAUUCCACAUUCAUCCAUCGAUCAAUCCAAUGAAUCAAUCAAUAGAAAAUCCUAAAUUUAAUUAAUCAAAAUACUCUGUUUUCCCCUGUUUUCCUCUGUUUUCCUCUGUUUCCCAGAUCAUCACCACCACCAUCGUAUUAAAACAACAAACCCAUUUGAAUUUCUUCAUAACCCAUUUCAUUAUCUUCAUAACCCAUCACAUUAAUCAUAAAAAGUUUCUUUUUUUUCCAUGUUGACAAGAUUUUCAAAAUGCUUCAGUUUUACCGCUUCCAGAGACUGGUUAUACCGUCACACCUUCACCGUCGCCGGUCUCCGGUCAGAUGUCACCGAUCUUGGCGACGGAACCAUCAUGCAUUGUUGGGUUCCCAAAUUGCAUAACCCAUCUAAACCAACACUUGUUCUUGUUCACGGUUUUGGUGCCAAUGCAAUGUGGCAAUACGGUGAACAUCUUCGUCAUUUCAUCACACAUUUCAAUUUGUAUGUUCCUGAUCUUCUUUUCUUUGGUGGAUCUUUCACUUCACGGCCUGAGAGGACAGAGUCUUUUCAAGCGGUGUGUUUGAAGAAACUCAUGGAGGCUCAUGGUGUUGAGAGGUUGAGCUUGGUUGGGAUAAGCUAUGGUGGAUUUGUGGGGUAUAGUUUGGUUGCUCAGUUUCCUGAGGUGGUGGAGAAGUUGGUUUUGUGUUGUGCUGGUGUUUGUUUGGAAGAGAUUGAUAUGAAAAAUGGGUUGUUUACGGUUUCUAGUUUGGACGAUGCUUCUAGUAUCUUGUUGCCUCAAACUCCUGAUAAGCUUAGGGAAUUGAUGAGGUUGUCUUUUGUUAAACCUGCUAGGGUUGUGCCUUCUUAUUUCCUUGAAGAUUUCAUUCAUGUGAUGUGCAAAGAUUACAUUGAACAAAAGAAAGAAUUGCUUUUGGCAAUACUAAAAGAUAGACACCUUCCCAACCUUCCAAAGAUCAAACAGCUCCCAACUCUAAUCAUGUGGGGUGAACAAGAUCAGAUAUUCCCUUUGGAACUAGGCCACAGAUUAAAAAGGCAUAUAGGUGAAAACGCCCAAAUGGUGAUCAUCAAGAACGCAGGCCAUGCAUUGAACAUUGAAAAGUCCAAAGAAUUUGCUAGACAUUUGAAGUCAUUCCUCAUCGAUUCAAAUUCGUGCCCUUCUUCUCCAGCUUCUUUGAAAGAACAAAUCCAAAAGACAUUACCGUUCGAUUUCAAUAGGUAUUGGUCAGGCUGGGGUGCAUUGGCAUGGUGUGUUGCUCUAUUAUUAUUGCAGCCAAUAUUUGAAACCAAAUUGUUUGUAAUGCUUCUCAUCAUCUUUCUUCUAAAUUUCUCUCUAUGUUUCCUCUUUCUUCAUAGUACUUAAGAUGAACAAAUAAUAGUAUCUAUCAUUUGCUGCAAUAUCCUUAUUUAGGAGUAAAAAUCAUCUCCAUUUUUAUAAA